UGGGGUACGCAUGCAUUCCUUCGCACGCAUGGGCGCUUCUUCACACACAUACACCAGCACAAGACUCUGAAGCGAUUGUUAGUAGGGAAGGUUAAGCGCAUGCUCAGUGGCGCUUCGUAAGGAACACGCCCCCUAACGUGGGUCUGUCUUGAUGAGAAUCGAAUCUUAUUAUACGAAGUAGAACAAGAUGGCGAGCGACUGGCCUCAAGCCUCCGGAGUGCCAAGCUUUGCCCAAAUGUUGAAGAAGAACUUGCCUGUUCAGCAUCAGCCUCCUGUUCAACCAUCGGCACCUUUACAGUCGCAAGCAGAACACGCCAAAGCGAUGUUUUCCGCUAUGGAUACGGCUGACGCGUCCAGCCUAGCAUUCAAACUGACUCCAGUCACAGGGCAGGUUUCUGCUCCUCAGUAUUCUAAAGCUGCACCAGUUAUUCCGAUUACUUCACUUCCUCCAAAGAAAAUUCCAAAGGAAUUCGUUAUAAAAUACAAACGAGGAGAAAUAAAUCCUGUAUCAGCUUUGCAUCAGUAUGCACAAAUGCAGCGUGUACAGCUGGAACUAAAGGAAACUGUAAGUACAGGUAAUGUCUUGGGAACUUACUUUGCAUUUUGUGCUGUGGUGGAUGGUAUUCAAUAUAAGACAGGCUUGGGACAAAACAAGAAGGAAUCCAGGUCAAAUGCAGCAAAACUUGCUCUUGAUGAACUGCUUCAGUUGGAGGAGUUAGAACCAAAAGGUGGAGAAAAAACAGGAUAUGAUAUGUUUGCAGGUCCUCCCAGGAUCCUCCCAGAAUUGCCAGUUGUAGCUGAACCUCAGUCCAAAGCUGGACCUGCUUAUCUUUCAAAGAUUCCAUAUGAAGGAUCACACCUUGCAUAUGAGAAGAUUUCACAAGCUGUAAGGGAAACCUUCAAUAGUUUAACGGCUAAAUGUCCAGAAUACCUAAGUUGUAGCAGUUCACUGGCUGCAUUUAUAGUAGAAAGAGCUAGGCAGUAUGAAGUAGUAGCUAUUGGGACAGGUGAAUUCAACUACAGUCAGUGCAGUCAUUUUGAUGGAAGAAUUUUGCAUGACAGUCAUUCUGUUGUUACUGCUAGGCGUUCUCUUCUUAGGUAUUUUUAUAGACAACUUUUACUCUACCACAGUAAAAAUCCAGCUAUGAUGGAGAAAUCUAUAUUUUGCUUUGAACCAACAUCAACCUUGCUUGCAAUAAAACCAAAUAUAAAUAUAUUUCUCUACAUGAAUCAGUUACCAAAAGGAUCUGCUCAGAUAAAGUCCAAGUCAAAGAUAUGCCUUACUCCCAAUUCUGUAUCUUCAUUUGAAUCUGGUGAGGAACUAUCUCUUCAUGUUGCUGUUGAAGGGAAGAUCUAUCUCACUAUCUACUGUCCUGCUGAAAUUGCUAGAAUAAGCAGUAUGUCUGCUAGUGAUAAGUUGACAAGAUGGGAAGUAGUGGGUAUUCAGGGAGCUUUGCUAAGCCACUUCAUCCAACCAGUUUAUGUUACUAGGAUAAUGCUUGGGGAUGCGAACUGCCAUGAUACAAGAGGAUUAGAAAUAGCUAUCAAACAACGUGUAGAUGAUACACUCACUUCAAAACUACCCAUGUUCUACUUGGUGAACAAACCUCACAUUAGUUUGGUGGCAGCUAUUUACCCAGUACAGUUAGACUUGGAACACAGAUCUCUUAGUGUGAAUUGGUCCCAAGGAGAUACUUCUUUGGAGGUGGUGGAUGGAUUGAAUGGGAAGACAACUGAAAGUUCACCCUUCAAAAGUGGUGUUACAAUGGCAAGUCGACUUUGCAAGGCUGCAAUGUUAAGUCGUUUCAAUUUACUUGUUAAAGAAUCAAAGAGAGAUGACCUACUUAAAAUAGAACCUACGUACAAUGAAGCAAAGUUUAUGGCAGAGUCCUACCAAGAAGCAAAAAACUUGCUGAAAACCUACUUAGAGGAGCAUGGCUAUGGGUCCUGGAUUGUGAAGUCUCCACGUAUUGAACAUUUCAGUAUGUGAUAAUUGGCACACUCUGGUUGCCAGUAGGCUGGCUCUUGACAAAUAGACAUCUCAUUUUUAAUAGCAGAUUAUUCUGUUCAGAAUACCAUCAUCUGAUUAGCUUAAUCUAACUUGUUAAAAUGUACAGACUGUUUUUAUUGCUAACAUUUUGCUAUUGUAAAAUAUAUUAUAUUAAAGUAGCUUGUUUUUCACAGUUAAGUAUAUUUAAAUGGUUUCUCAGCUUUGUUGACAGUGAUGCCUCACAAAUGAACUUGAGUAGUGAAGAUGAAUGGGUGACAACUCAGCCUUUUGCUGUGACCAUUACCAUAUUUUGCAUUGCCCUUUCUGUUUUGGCUCCAAAGCUCAAUGUUUCCCUUUCAUUAACCAUCUUUGUAGGCUUUGUCUUUCUCAGCUGUGAGCAUUCAAGAUUAAGACUGGAAGGAACUGCUCUCAUUACAAAAGAUUAAGAUUCCUGAAUAAAAUACAUAUUCUUCUCCCUCAUGGAACCAUUAAUGGAACAGUCCAAAACAGGGUCUGUAUUUUACAAAUCAAGGGACAAGUAGUGGUGAUCUGUGUUUGCCUAUGGGACAACUUUGAAAUUAUCAAGUCAUAACUUUUAAUUUGAGAUUAAUCUUUUUGUGUGAUGUUUCAUCAUUAAGGAGUUAGGUGAAAGUAGUUCAUAGUGUGAAUGCCUUAUCUCUUAAACAUGAUACUUCAGUUUUCAAUAAGAGUAGUAUGAUUUGUCUGAUAGUCUUUGAAUUUUAUAUACUGAUGAGUUAAACAAGCUUGAAAUGCUCAACAAGGCUGUACUAUUUCCAUCCACAUAGUGCCAAAUGUAGAAAAUAAGCAAACCAAUGGGUAAAGAUAUUUAAAGAGAACAAAUGUUGGUUCUUGGAGUUAUGUCACCAAAAGAUUAAUGAGUUGGAUCCUCUGGGUUCAUUCUGUUAAUGAUAGGGCUUUUUCCCAGUGCAAGAAACCUUUUGCUGAUAUGGGUCUCUUUUGCUGGUAGAAGAACCUCUGGUAUUAGGGAGGAGAGCACUGCCAUUAGGUUCAUAGGAUCUAAUUAAGUAAAUUCACAGGUCUCUCAAAUGAAGAAUUUUGCAUUGCAUUGAGGACUUAUUCUCAUAGUGUUCUAUUCUCAUAGUGGCGGCCAUGUAGAUGUAGUCAUGUAGGUGUAGCUAAGAGUGCUUCAUAAUUGUAUUCCUACACAAGGGAGGAGGGAAUAACAUCUGUUAGUGGAUCAUCACAUGGAUUGAUUCUGCUGCAUGCAAUAAAUUAAUAAAAGUGUCUUUCAGUCAUGGUGACUGCUACCAGCAGAAUGGAGUGUCUUGAUAUGGUUGUAUAGGGCCAUGUAGCAAGCAGCUUGCAUAUCAAGUGUGGCACCCCAGUAUACAAAAGCAUUUUCUCAGAACUUUCACAUGGCUAUCAUGUACAAAACAAUCCUAAACCAGUAAAGAUACCCUAUCCCAGGGAUGGCCAAUGGUAGCUCUCCAGAUGUUUUUUUGCCUACAACUCCCAUCAGCCCCAGCCAUUGGCCAUGCUGGCUGGGGCUGAUGGGUGUUGUAGGCAAAAAAUGUCUGGAGAGCUAUCGUUGGCCACCCCUGCCCUAUCCUUUUAAACUUUAAUUUCAUGGUAGUUACUUAUGCUAUUAGAUUUUUAAUUACUUGAUAGUUCAUUGUCACACUAGUGUUCAGUUUGUUGAAACUUUUGAGUUUAAGUAUGGAGAUUGAACAUUUCCUAGUAAUUAUGUUCAUGUAUGUAUUAUAAAAAUGUAUAAAACAAAAGCAAUAAGUUUCAAUCUAAGCAUUGGAUGUGCAGCUGAAGGGGGGGUCAAUAAAGUUCUGUGAAAUUUUUUGGCUGAAA